CCUUUCUCUCUGCUUUUGUUUAUGUGGCACUGCCUUUUUCCUCUUCUUUCUUCGUUGAAAUCGCAACAACAACAACAACAGUAAUAACCAUAGUACUAUGGGUCCGCCGACUACUACUAUGAAAAAAACUCCCAGUCGAAUACCGCUCCUCAUGGAACAAGCCGGCAUACCACCCUCGCUACGACCUGCCUUGUUGACGGCCUUGCGCGCUUACGGACUGACAUGGUCCAUCACGACCGUACCCGGUAUCAUUGGCGUAUUCGUCAAAGCACUCUUACAAAUGUCCCGCACGCUUGCAAAAACGUCAUCGCUUCUUGCGGCUUCAGCACCGCUACGCAAAACACUGAUCCGCGAUGUACCACUCUUGUUGAACAAAAGCUUUUCUCGCAACGGAUUCCCAUACAUCAUGGUCGGAGCAUUCACGGGUCAUCAUUUCUUGACAUUUGUGUUGCAGCACCAUCUCAAACCCAAAGUCAAUAUCAGACGAAAGACGGCCGUCUUUUUAACUGCAGCAGCGAGCAUGCUGGCUGUCCGUCGAGCAUUUCCGAAUACGAAAACGCUCGAUUUUACAUUCUUUGCACUUGUACGCGCUCUUGACGUACUCGCACAUCAAGCAUAUGAUGCGCCAAUGAUAAAGAAUAAUGUGCCGGCUUGGAUGUUGGAUUAUGGUAGCGUUGGUGUGUUUACGGUUGCUUGUACAGAAAUCAUGUUUACGUGGUUCUAUCAACCGGAAUUGUUGCCAAGGUCCUAUUCUCUUUGGAUCACCAAAAUGUCGGAAAUGGAUGAUAGAUUGCUCAAGGCUUUGCGUGCAAUUCGUAAUAGAGAAUGGAUCUACGGUAAAGACACCGGUUUGGGGGACCUACUCGGUGAUUAUGCGGUUGGGCUUGGAUUGCCCAGAGAAAUGGGAAACCCCAUGAGAGGUCGGAUACCCUGUCAAUUGGUUCAUCAAGGCCAGCCUUACGGAUGUGAGGUAUAUUCCAUGAACCGAUUUAUUAAAGGCUUCAUCAGAAUAUUCCCGUUAUACUUUGCUGUCCAUCUUGCACCUCAUUUGCUGUUCCGUACAGCACGUUUAAUGCAAAACCCCAGCAUGAGCUUGUUACACAUACUUAAAGCUGCGACGCGAUCGUCGGCAUUCCUGGCAUCGUUUAUCACCAUCAUAUGGUACUCCAUAUGUCUGACUCGGACACGGAUAGGCCACCAGUUGCUCAACAUCAACCAAACGCGUCUGGACGAUACCACAGCUCCGCUUAUUGGAUCAAUGCUCUGCGGCUUGUCACUUUUGCUAGAGAGCAGACACCGUCGGGGUGAAAUGGCACUGUAUGUGGUGCCCCGUGCAAUGUAUUCAUUGACCGAGCGGGUGCUAGGACCCUAUCAAAAGGGCCGUUGGUGGGAACCUGUGGCUGCUGAAGGCGCAGAAACACUCUUGUUUGCUGGCUCAGUAACGAUUAUUCUGAGUGCCAUGUUCAAAAACCAGUCCAAUGUGCGCUCGUCAGCUCGAGGGUUGUUGUCAUGGAUACUCAAAAGCGAAUUGCCGGCCGAAGAAAUGAAGGAAAAGGAGGAAGAAGAAGCAAAGGCAGUACCGGAGAAUGACCAUGUUUCAUUAUAGUUCUGGGCCUGAUAUAUCCUACAUAUUAGUAUUUAAUAUUAAUAAUAACAGUAGUAGUAGCAGUAGUAGUAGUAGUAGUAGUAGUAAUAGUAGUAACAAACACAUCUUCAUUAUUGUUCUGUGAAUGUUUAUCCCGAAUCCAAAA